ACCAUCAUCCACCACCACCACAAUCACCAUCAUCCACAACUACUCAGUCUUACCCAGCGUCUCUUCCUUCCAGAGGGACGAGGAAGUAUGGAGUGUGAACCAGGAUGGUUCCCAUGUGACUCAGAACCAUUGUGUGUGGAGCGACGGUUUAUCUGUGACACUUACAACGACUGUCCUGACAAAAGCGACGAGUGGAACUGCAGUAAUGACCAUCAGUUGAUAAAUUCGGGGAUAGCUGUACGUAAGCGCCCUGACGAAGACGCGGAAGAACGAGGAGAGUGCGAGUUGAAGGAUCCGCCUGAAGUCUGCCGCUGUGCUGACUUCAGUAUCUUCUGUGAAUCUCGCUUCCUGACUCGCGUGCCGUCACCACUACCUGAGGCUGCUCGCUACCUUGACAUUUCUGGGAAUAUGAUGGAGGAUCUUGCAGCGGGAAGCUUCACUGAACUUCCAGAACUACAAGUGCUGGUGGUGAUUAGGGCGGGUGUGCGCGCCCUCCGGAGCGCUGUCUUCUCCACUAUGUUAAAUAUAUAUGAAAUUCACCUGACAGGGAACGACCUCCAUACGCUGGAGAAUGGCACCAUGAUGGGCACCAGCACUCUCUCUCACCUGCAGCUAAGUAGCAACAACAUCAGCGAUCUUCCUGACGGUUUCUUCACCCACAACACCAACCUUCAACGACUGGAACUCAAUGAUAAUAACUUGUCAGAACUGCGUCCGGCGAUGUUCGUUGGUCUUCACAAUCUCCAAAAUCUGUACAUAGAGAGAAACAAAAUGGAGUAUAUAGGAGAGGAAGUGUUCACAGAGUUCCCUCGACUACAUUUCCUUUACCUUGGAAUAAUCUCUACAAACGUGGCACCAGGACCCUUUUCGGGGACUCCCCGACUUCACCUAUGUUCUCUUGAGAGGAAUCACCUCAGCACGCUACUCAACGCUACCUUCUCUGGCUUGGGCAGACUCAAGACCCUUGUUCUUCAAAACAACGGCUUGAGAACCCUAGAAGCUGGAGCCUUUAGUGACCUGGUGUCUGUUGAGUCUAUGGCAUCUGGCCGCGAGAGUUUGACGUGCUCUCUGGGACUGCACGUCAGGGGGUGCGAACCUAAGGGCGGUAUCUCUUCCGUGGAACAUCUCCUGGACAGCCUGGUCCUCGUUCUCGGGUGAUGUUCCUGCAGUGUGUGGGUGAUGGGGGUUCUUGCUUGUGCUGGGAACCUGCUCGUCUUGAUUGGGAGAUACGUGGUGAAGGAACCCAACAAAGUCCACUCUUUCUACAUCAAGAACCUCUCCCUCUCAGACCUCUUGAUGGGUGUAUAUCUGUUCAUCAUCGCCUCCUACGACGCCUUCUUCAGAGGGGCUUACAUCCGCCACGAGUAUGCGUGGACACGAUCUUGGCAGUGCAGUCUCUGUGGUUUUCUGAGCACGUUGAGCUCCGAGGCGUCUGUGUUCACUCUCACCACUAUUACUCUCGACCGCUACUUCUCCAUCGUGCACCCGUUGACAUUGAAGGAACGGACGUUGCGGGUCGCCUUCGGGGUGAUGGUAGUUACCUGGUCCCUGGCAGCACUUCUGGCUGUUCUCCCUCUGUUGGGCAUCCAGUACUACGGUAACAACUUCUACGGCAGCAACGGCAUGUGUCUCCCGCUGCACAUCCACGACCCCUACGCUAAUGCAUGGGAACACUCCGCUAUCAUCUUCAUUGGGUUCAACUUAGUGGCCUUCAUGUUCAUCGCUUACGCCUACGGCAGGAUGAUCCUGGCCAUCCGCGAGUCACGGAUGUCGCUGAGAUCGACGCAAGAGAAACAAGACCGGGUUUUGGUGAAACGUUUCGCGUUCAUUGUAGGCACAGAUUUCCUGUGCUGGAUGCCGGUCAUUAUUAUCAAGGUCAUUGCACUCGCAGGUGUUGUGAUUGAUAGGACACUUUAUGCCUGGUUGGCUGUCUUCGUUCUUCCUGUCAAUUCAGCACUUAAUCCCAUCCUCUACACACUGGCUACUAAAAUAUUCAAACAACAGGUAGUGAAGAUGGUCUUCAAUAUGAGUCGGUGGCCAGUGGCUCCCCCCAGAACCGGCACGGAUUCUAACCCGUCCAAUUCUUACGUGAUGGUUUACAGAGGUCGCUUCCAAACUGUCCAGAUGUCUACCCGGACAGCGUCGACGUGGCUACAAAAACAAAGAAAUUGUAGUUUAGACCAGCGAAGUGUGUACGGCACAGCCUACACCACGCCCAGUCCAUGUAUUUGCCCGCCCUCCUGCGACAUCUGA